UUGGUGAAUGGUUGUUAUCACACUAUUUUGAUCACCUUUGAAACGUGUUACUUCCUCACAAGAUUGAGAAAAUGUGAACUUGAAACCAAAGGGAGUUUUUCAGCAUUCAAACACAGUCCAUGCUGCAGAGCAGACCUUGUAGGCAUCAGUGGGAGUGAUGGAGGAAAUCUACGCCAAUAUUGAAUAUGAAAAACCUGUCAACACAAAACCUCGGACAGGUCCAGAGAGCUCAGGGAGGAGAUUUUACAGAGCGGUUGUUCUUCUUCUGGGACUGCUGAGUCUUAUCCUGCUGGCUGGGAUCAUCGCCCUCGGUGUCCACUAUUCAUCAGAAUUCUCCGCCACCAAAGCCAAUUUUACCGAGCGUCUGCAGGACAGAGAGAACCAGCUGUCCUCCCUGACUGAACAGAGAGACCUGCUGAAUGCCAACCUCACUGAAAAGACUAAAGAGCUGGAAAGACUUCAGACUUUGUCAAAACAGAAGAAAACUUGUCCUACUGGAUGGAAGAUGUUCCGUUGUUCCUGUUAUCUCUUCUCAACUCACACUAAGACUUGGGAAGGAAGCAGACAAGACUGCAGAGACAAUGACGCAGAUCUGGUGGUUGUAGACAGUUUUGAAGAGCAGGAAUUUCUAACUAACAACAUCAAAACAGACACUUGGAUUGGUCUGAGUGACCGGGACAAUGAAGGCACCUGGAAAUGGACGGAUGACACUCCCCUGACUCGGGGGUACUGGUGGACAGGUCAGCCUGAUAACGGUGGAGGAGAUCCAAAUUGGGGCGAGGAGGACUGUGUCCAUUUUGGAGCGGGCAAGAAAAAAGAGGCAAACUGGAAUGAUCUCAGAUGUGACGUAUCCAAACUGUGGAUCUGUGAAAAAUAGCAAAACAAUGGAAUGAUUUACACUGUAUGUUAUUAAGAGCACACUAAAUGUCCUUUAAACUACCUUUAUCUGUGCAAGAGCACUAGGCCUCCAUCAGAGUUGCGCUCAACGCUGAUUACGGCCUAGUGCUGAAAGGCGUCCGUUGUUGUUUUGCUGCUCUUUCCCAGAUAAAGGAAACUUAAGUGACAUUUAGUGUGCUGACGUUUCUGUCUCUUUUUAGUCUUUUUAGUGCACCUGAAACUGUGUUUACUGUCGACUAUGCUCCUUUUCUUUUUCUGUUUUUGCACUGUAUGUUUUUGCAAGAGGCCAUUAGUAAGGUGUAAUAUUCUCACAUAAUAUCAUUGUGGUUGCUUAGCAACACUGUUGUGUUGUAAGUCAGUAACAUGUGUGCCUAUUGGUUGCUGACUGAGCCUGAUUGUGAUUGGUCCGCAGUGUAUGCAGACAGAGCCUGUUCUGUUCAGUAUGUGUCAGAAGUUCGCCUUCCUAGUAAGACUUCACCUGAAUGUACACGACUGCAAAUAAAGAUUCAGUUAAAGCA